CACAAGACUAUGCAAUCAUUUCCAAACGUAAGGUAAACAAGGCUACAUGGGACGUCAGUCCAACGUCUGGUUACGUUCUGUUCACACCGAGUGCUUGCUGGGAACUCAGCUAACAGGCCUGGAUAUAGUGCCUCUAUACUGAGUUCAAAUUAAUACUUAGUGAUACUGUUAAAAAGAAUAUUUUUUUGUCUAAGGUGGACUAGAUUUGCAUGGUUGCCAUGAUAAAUAACUUACUUCAGCCACAUCUUUCCGCUCAGCUGGGAACCAAAGCAAUCGACUAUAGCCAGCAGGUCAUAAUCGACGCCUACAUUCCACCUGCGGAUCAGGCCGAUACCUUCACCGAUCAGCCACUGUGCGUGCUGGAUCGCUCACAGCUCGAUUACAGCCACGCUGGGGACAACGACGGGGGAAGCCCCGUGCACUGGCAGCUGGGAGGGGGUCUCGACUUCUCCGCGGUUAACCUCGAGCUACCCGAGUACAAACCACGAGACGAAGUGCAGGUCAAGUCCAGCGAGGUCAUCUCCGAUCGCUUGUUGUGCCACCCUCUUCAUUUUGGUUCUACAACAGUAGCCCUCAGCGGCGUAUCCGAUAUCAGCCCCGUCAACAACACGGCGACCUCCCCACAUCAAACCACAAUGCGAGAACAGCCACAUCAAGAGGAAGCGCCCUUGGCAAACGAAGGUGGAGAGGGCGCCGCGGAGGCUAUUUUGAUGGACUUUGACGAACACGACGAGAAAAUAAUUAACGCCACGUUCAAGGCGUUUCAGAGUGGGACACUUACACCGCUAAUCAAAGAGGAGCUCAGGUGUAUUAUCCAAAGUAGGAGAUUAGCAGAGGGAAAAGGUGAACUGCAGGUAGAAUUUAAAAGCCCACCAAAGAAGAAAGAUAUGACCGAGGAUGAGAGAAAGAGAGCAGUAAAGAGAAGACAGCAGAACAGAGAGGCUGCCCAGAGGUUCCGACAGAAACAGAAGGACACGUCAGACUAUCUGACCAAAAAGAUUAAACGUCUAGAAACAUCGUCUAAGACUCUCGUGUCGGAUCUGCAGAAACUCAAACACGAAAGAGACGAGCUACAGCAAAUGUUGCGUAAUCACCUUCUUGUAUGCAACACUUCAGCUUUGUUAAAUGUCGGCAUCAAUACUGCCGUGUCUACGGUUUUAUACACCACGCCAGCUCAAAGCACCAAUACUGCCAUGUCUACGGUUUUAUACACCACGCCAGCUCAAAGCACCAAUAGAGUCGGGCCUCAACCUUCACUCCACCACGACCUUGAAUCUUCCUACGUUACCUUUGCGGGAGAGAACUCUCGGGUCAAACAAGAGAACAAUAUCUUCGACGGCAUUGUCAUUGACCCCGCGCAAAUCGGCUUUGAAGGUAGCAUGGUAGUUGAGCAGAACGGACCGAUUGAUGUGUUUUACGAGGAGGUGGUGGAGGAGGGUCAAGGAGACGUCCAGCAGUAUGACAGCAGAUCUGACUCGUGCUCCAGCUCACACACAGGGUCCUUUUACGAGUCUUGCUCCGCCGACAACAUGAGCUACCUCAGCGAAUCAUCGAACAGUGCAACCAUGAUGUGCUCUUCUAACUAUGCUCAUUCCCGGGCCCACACAGAUUCUACAUCCUCCGACGUUUUUGACGGCAUAGAACUAUACCCCGAGGAAGACUUUUUCCCAGCAGACGACAGCAGCUCUUGACAGCAGACUAGUUAGUCAUCCGGAGGAAAGGCUCACCUUGACAUCCAGGCCCUUGGUUUGUCAUUCUGAUAAGAAAGCAAAACAACUGAGAGUUUACUAAGCGAAAAGCUUUUAAAUUAAAUCAAUCUCAUUGGUUAAUUGCUGGUAUCAAAUUUAGCACACGUGAAGAAGAAAAAAGCUGGAAAAUUCUGUUAUUGUCUUAAAAUAGAGUCGAAUAUAUUGUGGUAGAAAUCAAGUUCAUUCUACGCGGAAGACUUUUCUUUUAUCUUGAAUAUUGCUUAUUUUUAAAAAGUGUUUUGUUUUAUUUGUUUCACUGACUAGUUUUUGCUUUUAACUAUUUAGUUUAGUUACAAUCCAAACAUAACCAAUGAAACUGUAUAAACAUUGAGUUGAAAUAGUGCCAUGGAUAAGAAUGAAAAGAAAACUAAGAGGGACAAAGUUAAAUUGAUUUGUUGACAUUAUAUUGGAAACUUCUAUCAGCUAAAUGUAGUUUUGGUUUGACAUUAAGCCAUGACAUAAUAAUGUUUAAAUUGUUAAACACAGCUUAUAUACAACUUAUAUACAAUGUGCCAUGCUGUUAAAAAAAAACUCUUUUAAAGCCAUACUAAAUGAAUGCCCAUGCAGCUGAAUCAUGUGACUUUUCUUUGGCUUGACCUGUUCAGAGCACUCUGGUGUUUUGGAUACUUGGUCAAAACAAACUGGUCAUAACAAAUGGUUCAUUGCAAAUUGUUCUUGGCUCAUACUGAGCACAGAAGGAAAUGUUUAAAGAAUUAUUUUCAUUGUUACUUGAAACUGUUAUAGCUGAAUGAUAAAUCGGAUUGUUUUCACCCAAACCUUUAAUUCUCAUGAGAUGUGAUCCACACAUCUCGUUUGUCUUAAUAGAUUUUAUAUCGAUAGUGUAAAUAGUGUUGACUUAUAUCUCAUACAAUCAUAGCACAUGUGCAUUUAACAACAAUGCCAAACUAGAACUUAAAUCCAUAUAGAUGGGUUUUUUUUCCUACUCUAAAAAGAAAAGCAACCUGGCAGAAUUCUUAGACCCAGUUUUCUUUUUACACUGAACUGGGUGUGGGUGUGUUGCCAGAUUUCUUAAGUGAAGUAUUUGAGCAAGCAAAUAUUUCAAACUAAAGAAAAUAUUUAGGGCUAUUCAAACUACUAGUCAAUGUGGAUAGGUAUGUGAGGUGUCAACUACAAGUGUCACUCUCUACCUUUGAGAAACAAACAAAAAAAGUUAGUUUUAAUAUUUAUCACAUCAGGGUAAUACUUUAUUAAUACAGAUGCAACUAUCUCUAUAGAGUGGUUUCUCUGUACUGAGGUUCUUUUAGUUCAGGUCUGUUAUGUACAAGUCAAAGUCACGUGAUUAUCUCAAAGGUUCAACCAACUAAUCUUUUUUUUUUUAAACACCCUAAUAAAAUGGAGUUAGUGAUAACCCCACCCAAAUACCAACAAAUGAGACUUGCACAACUUGUCUAAAGAGAUGACCCAUAGCCCAACAGACAUGUGGCAGUUUCCCGACAGACUGCUGUGCUGUUGUUUAGGCGUAUACUUCAACAAUUAAAUAUAUACAUCAAGGAUUUUGACGUGAUAUCAUGCUGAUAUCAUUUUUUUCUUCCCUAUAAGUACUAUUUUCUGUAGACCACCAGGCUGUCCUCGUGGUAGUGUCACGUAGUUGAACCACAGAUCUGAUUUUGUUAAAAAUGUAUAAAGGUAGACAACUGCUGUAUUUAAUUUGCAGUUACCUUCCCUUUCAUUCUGCAGUGUUUAAAAGUUACCCGCAACAAUAUUAAUGCUCAAAACGAUGUUAAUUCGUAACAUUAUUGUCUUCUUUGUUUAUGGAAGCUUGUUUGAAUGUUUUUGUAGCUGUUAGUCCUAAUUACUGAAAAUAAAUAGGCCUACUGGUGUAUUUAUCUCGAUAUAGUCUAUAGAUCUCAUACUAAACACAUUUGGUUACAAUUACGUACACAUACUGAAGAAAGAGUAUUCAUCAUUCAUUAAUCUGUUGAAAAGGCAGCGUUGAACAAUUUUUCAAUAUAAAUGAAAGAUUUAUCACUUUUAUAAAUUAUAUUAUGAAUCAGUGCACAAAUAAGUGUUACCUAGCUUGCGAAUGCUUGCAGUGUUUUGUUUUUAUAUCUGAGAUGUGAUUUAUUGACAUUGUUGGCGCAUAAUAUGGACAGUUGAAACGUUUUUCUAAAAAUCUUACCUUUUUUUUUAUUAAAUAUACUUUUGAUUUGUUUAUCCAUAUAUAAAGCUGUUUUUAUGUAUGAUCGUAGAUAAAUGUCUCUUGUGUUGUAUUUCUAAAUUGUUAAAGUCAAGUUGUUCAGAUAUUAACACUUGUAGAGGAAUGGCAUUAUAUAUCUGUUCACAAAAAUUAUAAAAAUAGCUUUUAAAGUC